AUGUCCGAGAGAAAGGUCCUCAACAAAUACUACCCGCCGGACUUCGAUCCUGCCAAAAUCCCGAGAAGGAAGCUAGCCAAGGAUCGUCAGCAGGUCGUCCGGUUAAUGGCACCGUUCUCCAUGCAAUGCCUAUCUUGUACCGAAUUUAUUUACAAGGGGAAGAAAUUCAACGCUCGAAAGGAAGCUGCUGCUGGGGAGCAUUACUUUGGGAUCAAAAUCUUCCGAUUUUACAUCAAGUGCCCUCGAUGCUCGAAUGAGAUCACAUUUAAGACCGACCCCAAGCACUCCGAUUAUGUGGCUGAACACGGUGCCCAGAGAAACUUCGAACCAUGGAGGGAAGAGGAAGCAGCAAAGAAUGCAGGCUCCGACUCCGAUGAUGAUGUGGAAAGACUUCUUGCAGCUGAACAGGCGGAACUGGAGGAAGAGCAAGAGGAUUCGAUGCGAAGCUUAGAGAAGAACCAAGUCGAAAGCAAACGAGAGAUGGAGAUAUUGGACAAGCUGCAGGAGAUCAGAACUCGUAAUGCGCGUCUGGAGCGAUCUGGAAAUGGGCGUGGGGUCGAUGGAGUGCUGGCUAGUGUCAGCAGUCGGAUCCAAUCUGGUCUGGCGGGCACCAAGGAAAUACUGGAACAAGAACGCCAUUUACAGGAAGCGGAAGAAGAUGAGGCCGAAGUCGCAAAAUACUUCUCGAAGGUCGCUGCUCAACCUCUCAAGCCUUUGCCCAGCAUCGAAGAACACGAUGGCGAGGAAGGACCGAGGGCGUCUGGCUCUGGCAGCCAUCUGGAGCAGGAAGCUGGCGACAAAGAUGAUCUACAGCAGAAUGGAAUCAAUCCAACACCAGCAACGACUGGCCCCGAGAGUAUCACAAUCAAACGGAAAUUCACCGAUGUCGAACCUGACGUGCACUCCCUACUUUCCGAGAAAUCUCGCGAGAUGUUGGCAACUGCAUCUGGCUUUACUAAGCUUCCCCCAAAGAAAAAGAAAAACGCUACCAUGAAUGCACUGGGUGUGAAGAUAAAAAAGAAAUCUUAA